GUUUGGUUUGGCUUGCCUGGCUCUGGGGGUGGCGCGCAGGCUUUUGCAGCCACGCGGGGGCCUCGUGCGCGCGUGGGGGCGGGUCGCUCCGUGGGGAGGAAGAGGAGGAGGAGGAGGAGGAUCCCGGGCCCCUUUUGAGCCCCUCCCGGACCCCGUGGGAGCCUCUCGCCAGCAAGGAUUGGCCCCGCUCGGAAGCCGCGCCAUGCCGCCCGCCGAGAUCCUCAGCGGAAAGAACGUCUCCGCGCAAGUGAGGCAGAGACUGAAGAACCAGGUUGCGGAGCUGAAGGAGAGAGUCCCAGGUUUUAGGCCAGGCCUUGCAAUUCUGCAGGUUGGUGAUCGGGAUGAUUCAAAUCUCUAUAUUAGCAUGAAGCUAAAGGCUGCUGCUGAGAUUGGGAUCAAUGCCAAUCACGUCAAACUGCCGAGCACAGCUACAGAAGCUGAGGUGCUGAGAUGCAUCCAUGGCCUGAAUGAAGAUCCUGCGGUGCAUGGGUUUAUCGUACAAUUGCCUCUGGAUUCCAACAAGCCCAUCAACACUGAGAAAAUCACCAAUGCUGUAUCACCUGAGAAGGAUGUGGAUGGCUUAAGCAGCAUCAAUGCAGGCAAACUCUCGCGUGGCGACCUUGGCGACUGCUUCAUCCCAUGUACCCCCAAAGGAUGCAUGGAGCUCAUCAGGCAAACAGGUGUUCAAGUGGCAGGCAAAAAAGCCGUGGUCAUUGGGCGCAGCAAGAUAGUAGGGGCUCCAAUGCAUGACCUGCUGCUCUGGAACCAUGCGACAGUGACCACCUGCCACUCCAAGACUGCAUCACUGGAAGAGGAGGUCAGUAAAGCCGAUAUUCUGGUGGUUGCUGCUGGCAAAGCUGAGAUGGUGAAAGGAGAAUGGAUCAAACCUGGCGCCAUAGUGAUUGACUGUGGGAUCAACCACAUACCAGACAGCACCAAAGCCAGUGGGAAAAGGGUCGUGGGAGAUGUGGCUUACAGCGCGGCAAAGGAAAGGGCCUCUUUCAUCACGCCCGUGCCUGGCGGUGUCGGACCAAUGACGGUGGCCAUGUUGAUGCAGAGCACAGUGGAAAGUGCCCAACGUUUCUUGGAAAAGUAUCAGCCCGGCAAGUGGAAUAUCCAAUAUAAUCAGCUGUGCCCUAGAUCUCCUGUUCCAAGUGAUAUUGAAGUAUCGCGGUCAUGCAUUCCCAAGCCCAUUGGCCACCUGGCUAAAGAAAUAGGCUUAUUCUCAGACGAAGUGGAGUUCUAUGGUGAAUGCAAAGCUAAAAUUUCACUGUCAACAUUACGGCGCCUCAAGGACCAACCGGAUGGCAAAUAUGUUGUGGUAACCGGUAUAACACCCACACCCUUGGGAGAAGGGAAGAGCACUACGACGGUAGGGCUUGUUCAAGCCCUGGGAGCUUACCUUGGUCAGAAUGCAUUCGCCUGUGUUCGGCAACCUUCCCAAGGACCUACGUUUGGAAUUAAAGGUGGUGCUGCUGGAGGUGGUUAUGCUCAGGUUAUUCCUAUGGAGGAGUUUAAUCUUCAUCUCACGGGUGACAUCCAUGCCAUUACUGCUGCCAAUAACCUGGUUGCCGCUGCCAUUGAUGCCCGGAUCUUCCACGAAGCAACACAGACAGAUCAGGCCCUCUAUGCUCGCUUGGUUCCUUCCAUCAAUGGAGUGAGGACGUUUUCUGAUGUCCAGAUCCAGCGGCUGCAGAGGCUGCAUAUUAAGAAAACAGACCCAGAGGCUUUGACGAAUGACGAGAUCAACAAAUUUGUGAGGCUGGAUAUUGAUCCAACCAGCAUAACAUGGCAAAGAGUCUUGGAUACAAAUGACAGGUUUCUGCGGAAAAUCACAAUCGGACAGUCUGAGACCGAGAAGGGCUUCACCCGUACAGCCCAGUUUGACAUCACUGUCGCCAGUGAAAUCAUGGCUGUCUUAGCGCUCACAGACAGUCUGGAGGACAUGAGACGGCGCCUGAGCAAAAUGGUAGUUGCUUCUAGCAAGACCGGCAUCCCAGUUACUACAGAAGAUCUGGGAGUGAGUGGUGCUCUGACAGUUUUGAUGAGAGAUGCUAUUAAGCCAAACCUCAUGCAGACUUUGGAGGGCAAUCCGGUGUUUGUCCAUGCCGGUCCAUUUGCCAACAUCGCUCAUGGCAACUCAUCCGUCCUAGCAGACAAGAUCGCUCUGAAGCUCGUUGGCAAGGAUGGGUUUGUUGUGACAGAAGCUGGCUUUGGAGCAGAUAUUGGCAUGGAAAAGUUCUUUGACAUCAAGUGCCGGUAUUCUGGUUUGCAGCCCCAUGUGGUGGUCUUGGUUGCCACUGUCCGAGCCCUGAAAAUGCAUGGAGGGGGCCCCACGGUUACUGCUGGAGUUCCCUUGCCGAAAGAGUACAUUGAAGAGAACCUGGUGCUGUUAGAGAAAGGUUGCAGCAACUUGCGUAAACAAAUUCAAAACGCCAAGACCUUUGGUGUCCCAGUGGUAGUUGCCGUAAAUGCAUUCAAAUCUGAUACCGAAGCAGAGAUACAGCUGGUCAGCCGCCUGGCUAAAGAAGCGGGUGCCUUUGAUGCCGUGAAAUGCACCCACUGGGCUGAAGGCGGGAAGGGAGCGAUGGCACUGGCCGAAGCCGUAAGAAGGGCAUCCCAGGCACCAAGCAAUUUCAGGUUCCUGUAUAACGUGGAGCUGCCCAUCAUAGACAAGAUUAGAAUUAUUGCACAGAAGAUUUAUGGAGCAGAUGAUAUUGAGCUGAUGCCAGAAGCAGAGCAGAAAAUAAUUCAAUACAACAAGCAGGGAUUUGCGAACCUGCCAAUCUGCAUGGCGAAAACCCAUUUGUCGCUCUCUCACGACCCAGAACGGAAGGGAGUCCCGACUGGAUUUGUGUUGCCCAUCAGAGAUGUCAGAGCCAGCGUGGGAGCAGGGUUCUUGUAUCCAUUAGUGGGAACAAUGAGCACAAUGCCAGGGCUUCCUACAAGGCCUUGCUUCUAUGACAUUGACCUGGAUCCAGCAACUGGAGAAGUAAAGGGGCUGUUCUGAAAUGGACUGGCAACCCAAACUAUCCGAGUGACGUCAAUGUGGCGAGACCUGCACAGGAAAACUCACUGAACACUAUGAGCCUUGGAAACAAUUUGACCUCCUACAUUUUUUAAAAAAUCUGUAAUACUGUAUUUUUAAUAGGUGGCUUUUUAAAAAGUCCCUGCAGAUGUGAAUCUGCGAGAUGUUUUAAACACUGAAGCUUUUUAAAGCAACUGAACUUAAUGAUGGUCAGUUUUUUUAAAUGACAUGGUUUUAACUGUGGUGGAAACUUGAUCAAAUAAAUUGAAAUGGAUUAAUCAUGUGGAUUUUAAUAGCUCUGUUACAUUCCAACAAGGUUCAAUACAUGAUUUCUAAGUAAAA